GGCCACUGAUCGAUCUCGAUCGCCACUUUGAUUCCCCGCAUUGCGUUCAUCAUGCGAGCCUCGUUGAGAUGCUUGCAAACGGCCCAAAAGAUUGUCUCGAGGAAACAAUGCACAUCAUUCAUCGGAUUGGGGAAAAUGGGCUCUGAGAUGGCAUACAAUCUAUUCUCAAAGCAAUUCGCUAAGCACCCUGAAGCGGGUUUCGUCAUCUGCGACGCGGUUCCCGAAGCUGCGGCCUCGUUUCGUCACAACUUUACCACCGCGUUCCCGGGCGCCAAUGUGGCUAUCGCUCAGACCCCCGUCGAAGCGGUGAUGGCGUCCCAGCUUGUCGUGACGAUGUUGCCUUCCUCUGCGCAAGUCGAUUCCGUUUAUGGAAGUAUCACUCCCGCUCUUCGCCAAUCAAAUGUAGCUGAGGACACACUAUUCAUCGACUCGACCACGCUGGACGUCUCUGUAGCCCAGAGAGUUGCACAGACGGUGAUUGAGACGGGGGCUACUAUGGUCGACGCACCUGUCUCGGGCGGAGUCGCCGGAGCCAAGGCGGGAACUCUGGCGUUCCUUGUCGGCGGGACAGAAGAGGCAUUCCAGACAGCGCAUCCCAUCUUAUCUUUGAUGGGGCAGCGCAUCGUCCAUUGUGGCCCUUCGGGAGCCGGUCUUGGAGCGAAGAUAUGUAAUAAUCUCAUUCUGGGGGUGCAGCAGAUCGUUGUCGCAGAAGCCAUGAUCUUGGGUCAGAGAAUGGGGCUGGAUCCAGCUGUUUUGAGCAGCGUCAUUGGUUCUUCGACAGGCAGCUGUUGGUCGAUCUCCACAAACAACCCUGUCCCACAGGCUUUGCCUGGGAAGUCGCCCCCUUGUGAGAGAGAUUACGAAGGCGGUUUCGCAACGCUGCUGAUGGAGAAGGACAUGGGUUUGGCAGGAGACUUGGCCUCAAAAACUGGGACGCCGUUGCCCCUCGGAGAUGCCGCGCGCAGCAUCUACGUCCAAAUGAUUGAACAACAGCCUGAGCUUGCCAGACGGGAUUUCUCUUCAGUCUAUCGGUUUUUGGCGGACAAGUAGCACUGGAUAGAGUAAAGAUCGACAGCUCUCGUGGGGAUUUAAUUCCGCCUAUUUCAGUCAAUGCCAUCGGGCUGUUCGUGAGCAUAGAAGUUUCGAUUACAAACCUCUAGAACGGAGAGAACAUCACUCGCCGAAGAGGGCUCGGGCCAAUUCAGUUGUUUGGGCAGAUUGAUGACGCUUCCUCACCUACGUAAAUCUCUGUUCUGCUUUGACAAACUGACAGUAUCUACUUAAGCCCAGUGCUUUGCUUCCCCGUCGCGUACGACUCGCGGUCAUGUCUCUUCCCAGUGUGCUCGUUUUUGGUGGGCUGAACACUUGCUCGCGUUCGCUAAUCAGCUAUCUACUGCCGGCAGAGGGCGAAAGCUUGGUUUCUCAUGUUCGCGUUGUCGACAAAUUUUCGGUCGAACCGCCGACAACGUAUCUGGGCGCUGAAUUCCCCAAGACGCUCAAGAACCCGAAACUUGAGUAUCGCCAGGCGAAUCUGACUGUUUCUGCGACCGUUUCUACGAUGUUUGAUCCACCGGAGGGCCAGCAACCUUAUGAAUACGUGUUUGAUUUUACCGGAGAGGUCCAGGCCGAGCGUACGGAAAUGAUCCAAAUCGAUAGGACGUGUCAAGUGGCCCGACUGAUUGGCCUUGAAGCCGCGAAGCGCAAAGUCAAAGCCUACGUCCGACUGCAGCAGCCGUUCUACGAGACUGCUACCAGUGGAUCGCAUGACGAGAAGGAGGACGUCAAGCCGUACGAAGUCGUUGGGACGUGGUGGCAUGAGACUCUCCGCAUGUUGGCUGCCAUUGACGACCUCAACCUCGUCAUAUUGCGAAUCGGAUUUGUGUACGGGCCGUAUAUCAAUUGGGGAAUGAUUGCGUCCGUGAUCACCGUCGCUUCCGUGUACGGCCACAUGAAAAAGCCCUUCCGGUCGAUGUGGUCCCCCGGCAAGAACCCGAUGAACACCGUGCAUGCUGAAGAUGUAUCGGGCGCCCUGUGGGCUUGUGCACAGUGGAUGGCACCUCUGGGUCGCAAGGAGGCCGAUAUCCUCGCAGGGGAGAGCAUCCUCUUCCACAACUCAAAAUCCAAGGUCAGCGAGGUGGCAGGGAUGCCGAAUCCGGACAAGAAGCUCAUUGCUCCGAUCUUCAACUUGGUUGACGACUCAAAAAGCACUCUGUUCAGUGUCGGAGAGACUGUCACUUCUUUCUUCGGAACGACGUUUGAGUUCUUCAACUUUGUCGAAAAUACCAUGCUGAAGUUGAAAUCGGACUCCCUCGAAGACAUCAAUGAACACCACGUCGGUGGAUGGAUAGAAAUGCUCACGACAUCCAAUCCGCCGAUUCCCAACACUCCGUUGAGCGCUUACAUGGAUACCUACGCACUUUCAAAACACAUUCUCGCCUACAACAACACCAAGAUUCGGGAAAUCGUUGGCUACAAACUGAAGCACCCCAAUUUCACGCAUGACACCAUCAAGGAUGUGGUUGAAAAGUGGAAGGGCGAAGGAUCAUGGCCUAUCCUCACCUAACGGAACCUGUGCAACUGCUUUCGUGAUGCUGUCUCGCUUCGAGGAUUAUCAGCUUUGUCUUAUUCUUAUACCACUGCACACCAUACCUUAGCAUCUUUGUUUAAUUCUCGACAUUUAGUUUGUUAACUGUAUUUGACUUUUGUGGAAGUCCGGGCGCAGGUUGUCCAUGUAGCCAGCUCCGGUGUUUCCAUAGCCGAUACAUGUACUUGACGGUCCGGUCCGGGAACAGUCACUGUCAUUGGUCAACGCCCACGUUUAGUCGUUGGGAAUUACUGUCGACCGAAGCAGAUGUAUGCAUAGACGAUAUAUCGUGGCCGAGGAACCCCAUCUUACACCCAUGGCCGACGAGGACUACGAGCUUCUACUCCCGAAUCAGGCUGGAAGUGCCGAACCGAGAGAACUCAAGCCCCAGUCACUGGAAGAGAAGGAAGGGCGGGCAGGGGACUCGGUUGCUGUAUUCUGCUCUUAUCGGUGCCGGUCUUAUCACCGCCGUGUCGUGGAUCAGCGUCCUCGCCAGUAACCCAGCGAAACUCGGAUGGUUCGCGCUCCACGCCCCGCUGCAGACCUUGGCCCUGUUCCUGUUCACAUACGGGAUACUGACACUGCAGCCGACUGCGAAACCGAAGACGAAGGCCGCGGGGCUGAUGCGGCACCAGUUUGCCGUGCUGGGCAUCGCGUUCCCCGCCAUCUUCGCGGGCACGGCGGCGAUAAUGAUCAACAAAUACGUGCACGGAGCGCAGCACUUCAAGAGCUUGCACGCGAGACUCGGGAUCAUGUGCAUGGUGUGGAUCGUGCUCCAGGUUAUGCUUGGAGGAGGAAGUGUGUGGUUUGGCGGGGCAGCGUUCGGAGGAGGCGCCAAGGCGAAAUCGGUCUGGAAAUACCACCGAGUGUCGGGAUAUAUCUUGUAUCUCUUCCUCGUGCUGACGGUCCACCUCGGAGGCGCAUGGUCGAACUGGGCUAUCCAUAACACAGCGCUUGUCACCAGAAUACUGGCCUUUGGGAUCGGCGCGUCUGCUUGCGUACUGGGAUUUAUAGCCGACUAAGGCCGUCCAAAAUGAAGUUUUACUGAGCUCUUGUCUUCAACAACAAGGAUCUGAUUGUCGGGAAGAAGUAAUCGUACAUAUGGAACGCACUGCGAGUGGGAUAUUGGAAACCUCCAAUUUCAGCCAGAAUUUCGACUUGUAUCUCAAAUUUCGAUGACCCACACAUAAAGAAUAAUUUAUCACAAGAGCGUUUUAACUUGGAAACUAUUGUGGUUGAACAA